AUGCCUCUAUAUGAUAACAAACCUGUUGCUCCAGUAAAUGAGCCAAAGUUGGACCCAUCCAAACACAACAAUAAACAAGUAUGGGUGAUCCCCUACAGUAACGAAUUUUUUGUUACUUACAAAGAUUAUCUGAAUCGUAUAGCUUUCUAUAACAGGUCAGAAUGGCAGUGUGCUGUAACUGGUAAACAAGGUCUCACAUAUGAAGAGGCUCUCGAGAAUGAAAAGAAACAUCGUGAGCAGCUCAAGAAAUUUCCGGAAGGGUUGAAACAACACAUUUUACAAAUGGUACAAUUUAGUACUGAUCGUCUUGAUGUCUUGGCCAAUCAAAUCUUUGAUAAAUACAACGAAGAGUUUACGCUUGGCGAACAUGUAACUAUCAAAGGCGAAAGUGAAGGGAAAAAGAGGUCAAAAGGACAAGUUGUUGACGUAAAAACUUCUACCGUACCAGCUGCAAAAGGAAUUAAAGGGAAAAGCUUUAGAACAAGGAAACAAGCUGCAUUAACGCAAACCAUAUAUCGCGUUCAAAUAUUAGACAAGCAGGGAAGUCCCAUUCAACAAAUAGUGAAGAACGGAAAUCAUAGAUACGUGAUCAAGACUUUUAACGGCGGUGAUAAUUUGAGUCGUAAUAAAUUGACGUUCAAUAAGACCCUGAUCCGUUUGUUCAUAAAACAGUCCACAACCAAAGAUACCUAUUUGCACGCUCCGUGGAUAGUUAAAGAAAACUUGGCCAAGAAAUAUAAAGUGAACACUAAGCUACCUGAUGAUUUGAAGAAGGCAAAGAAUGAAGCGCGAGAAAAGAGCAGGAAGCGAAAGGGCAAAACAAUACAAGAAGGUCCUUCUAAGAAAGCUAAAACGAGCAAAGGAAUGAACACUAGGACUCGAGGUGCUAAACGAGAGGAUAGCACUAGAGGUACGAUAUCUGCUAACACUACACGAGGUAAAAGAACGGCAGCAUCAAAGAGACAAGCGACUAUGAGUAAGGAACAGAUGAAAAGAGCAGCUGAGAAGAAACGACAGAAAGAGCGCGAAAAAAAGAAGAGGGAAACUGAACGUAAGAGGGAGAAAGAACGUAAAGCAAAGGAGAGAGAAACUCAGAAGCGAUUAAGAGCUGAGCAAAGGAAGACAAAAUAUCCAAUAGAAGAUCUGGAUGUACCUCUUGAUAAAAACUUACUCUCAAAGAGACCUCCUAUAGUCCUUGAUUUCAAAAUUCCCCAGAAGUACAUCGGAACAUUUUUGAUGACUUGGAACUUUUUCACGGUGUUUGGAAAACCUCUAGGUGUUUCAUUUUUCACGCUCGAUGACCUUGAAUUAUCAUUUUAUCACAAUAUGAUGCAACCUCGCUGUACUUUAGUGAUUGAGAUGCAUGCGGCUUUGCUCAACGCGAUUAUCAGAGAUCGUUUACAAGCUAGAAGUAAAAAACGUCAACCAGUUCCUCGCGUUGCUCCUGCACUUAGGGAUCAGAUUAAGACAGAAACAGGUCCAAACGACAUGGAUGUGGAUGUAAAUGGAAAGAGCGUUCUGGCGUCUCGAGAUGCUCUUGAAAGACUUGUAAAGAUUUGGGACAAAAAAGUUAUAUCCCCCAAAGAUUCUCGAAAAGGAUGGGAAUGUGUAUUAAUAGGCUGCCUUUAUCAGUUGGGAACACAUGAAUCAAUCCCUAAUGUGGAUCGUAUACUCUCUCAUUUGGCCCCCAUUGAUAGCGGCAAUGCACCCGAAGAAAAUUUUGAAGGUUAUUUCACUACCCUUGAGGUAGCUGAUAAGUUGCAGAUAAUGGAAUUUUUGAUAAACAACGUUGCAAAAACCACCCUGAUUCAUGAACACAUCGAAGGAUGUGUUAACAAGCAAACAGAGUUGAAUAAAGAAAAGAAUGAAGUCCUCAAGGAAAGGAAGCACAUCGCGAAUUCCCUUAUGGAAAUCACCAAAGGAAACGUUUCUGUGCCACGUGUAAAAGGAAAAUCGUCUACAGAAUCCGUGAACGGUGAAGACAGUCUAGUUUCAAGACAGCUUAAGCUGGAGGAAGAAGAUCUUGCAUUACAAAAGAAAGAGGAGCAUAUUGAAAAAGAAAAACGUAGAUAUGCAUUACCACGGACAGGCCCAAUGGGCCACGAUAGAUUUCAUAACAAAUAUUAUUAUUUUGAUGAAGCAGGACUAGUUGUUAAUGAAAGAUAUGGUACCGGUAGAGUCUUAGUUCAGGUCCCUAGCACUAAAGAACUUGCAGACACAUUAACUGAAGCUAUGCGUCAAAAAUAUUACAAAAGAAAAAAAAUGGAAGAAAGCUUUGGAACAGAAGAGACGCAAUGGGGAUAUUAUGAAGAUCCCGAACAAGUUGACGAUUUGUUGAAAUGGUUUAACGAAAAGGGUAAAAGAGAACUAAUAUUAAAAAAAGAAAUAAGCUCCCGACUUCUCGAAAUUAAAUCGGGGAUGGUUAAGCGAGUGCAGGAUAUAAUUGCUUCACGUAAAACCGUUGAAGUGCGCCGAAGUAGACGCACUCAAGCGACAAAGGCAUUGCUUUCGCAACAAUCUUACAUGAAGUGGACUAACAAAAGUUAA